UUCAGCUUCACUUGAGUUCUCAUUAUCAGGAAAUAAAUAGUCUUAGUUCACAUGUCCUUUGCGACAGCUCACUAAAUGCCUGCAUCUUAUGACCACUCAACAAGCCUGUCUUUGGACCAUAUUACAGUUUGCUUCAUUGCUGAGCCACAGGUAUCUGACUGCCAUAUGAUGUCCCACCUUGAGUGGUGUUCUCAUUACUGAUGAAUUUACAUCUAUCGCAAACUUAUUCUUGAGGAUGGCAACGAAGAUUUGGGCGUCCGGCACAUGUGUUGCCAAGAGUGACCACAGCAAACCUAAAGCUGGUGAACUGGCCUACUGCAAAGGAGACAUCCUCACUAUUGUGGAAAUGGGAACGGGGAAACGACAUUACAAGGCCAGACACAACACCACAGGAGAGGAAGGACUCGUCUCUGCCACCAACGUGCGAGAACGAGAGGCCGUUUGCGUCGACCCUAGUCUCAGUCUCAUGCCCUGGUUCCAUGGGAAGAUCUCAGGUCCUGAGGCGGUGUCCAAGCUGCUGCCUGUGGAGGAUGGCCUGUUCCUGGUGCGGGAGUCCAUCCGCCACCAUGGCGAUUACGUGCUCUGUGUCAGCUACUCCAGCCAGGUCAUCCACUACCGAGUCAUCUACCAGGACAGCAAACUGACCAUCGACAACACCCAGUACUUCUACAACCUCUUAGACAUGAUCGAGUUCUACUCCAAGCACAAGGGAGCUAUUGUUACCAAACUUCUAAAGCCCAAAGAGAAGGAGGGCACAAAGUCAGCUGAGUUGGAGCUGUCUAAAACGGGAUGGCUGCUGGAUAUCAGGGAGCUGACCUUGGGAGGGAGUAUCGGGGAGGGGGAGUUUGGAGCGGUGUAUGAAGGAGACUACAUGGGCCAGAAGGUGGCAGUAAAGAACAUUAAAUGUGAUGUAACAGCACAGGCAUUCUUAGAAGAGACCACUGUUAUGACGAAACUGCAGCAUAAGAAUCUGGUGCGGUUGUUGGGGGUGAUCCUACACAAUGGACUGCACAUCGUCACAGAGCUCAUGGCCAAGGGUAAUCUGGUGAACUUCCUCCGGACAAGGGGCCGUUAUGUCAUCAACACUGACCAGCUACUACGCUUUGCACUAGAUGUAUGUGAGGGUAUGGAGUACCUGGAGUCUAAGAGGUUGGUCCACAGAGACCUAGCGGCCCGUAACAUCCUGGUCUCCAACGAGGGCGUGGCCAAGGUCAGUGACUUUGGAUUGACCAAGUUGGACUGCAAGGCCUCAGACAAUGCUAAACUACCAGUCAAAUGGACAGCCCCUGAAGCCCUGAAGAAAGAGAAAUUCUCCACGCGGUCAGACGUAUGGAGCUACGGUGUUCUCCUCUGGGAGACGUUCUCUUAUGGUCGACAACCCUACCCCAAGAUGUCUCUGAAGGAGGUGAAGGAGCUUGUGGAGCAGGGUUACCGUAUGGAGGCUCCAGAGGAGUGUCCCCCCAGUGUCUACGCCCUCAUGAGGUGCUGCUGGGAGGCUGAGCCCAGGAAGAGGCCCUCCUUCCAGAAACUACAGGAGAAGCUGGAGAGAGAGCUGACCAAACAACAGCCCUGGCUGCUGAAGUCAAUUUAAUAAUCCUAUUCCAAUAACUACUGGGCUCUUGUUUUGAGCUGCCUGGAGCAGGGACAGUAACCCGGGACAGGUGGACCCAAGUGGUUACCGCUCGCUUCACAGCUUUCCCGGGAAACUCUCUGUAUUCUAGCAUCACACGGACAAAAGAGUAGCGGAUGAAGGAGUUAGCUUCUGCUGCUGCUGCGUUCGCGGUAGAACAUACGGCGUGGUGCUUUGUGCGUGCACACAUCCUGUAAAUGGCUACAGUGUAAAAUCAUGCAUCUUGAUUUGAUUAAAGAAAAAGCAUAUCGUUUUUAUGGCAAAAUCGUUUAAACGUAUGUUGAGUUUGUGCAAUGAAUGAUGCAGGAUAUUAUACUAAGACAUAACCUGUAACAACAUGUUAUCGAUUUUUUUAUUGUAUUUUUAUGGAAUGAUCUACUGUAAUGAGGAGUCCUUACACUUAUUUCUGUCUGUGGUAUUAGAGGGAGCAACUCAACUCGUCAUGUCUCCACACCCCAAUUCUCUUUCCUGAGUAACACAUUAUUUGUGUUACCAAUAUGGGGCCAUUAUUUUUCUUUCAUAAGAGACAGAGAGCGAAAAGGAUGGAGGGAGAUGGGAAGAGGGAAAAUGCUGAUCCGGGAUUAAAUCCCAGAUCAUCCGUAUCUGCUUGUUUCAGACUGUAAUUGUCCAGCAAUAUGCCCUGCGACUCAGGGGCUUAAUAUGUGAAAUCUUGAAUGUUAUUGCUGAUAUUAGUAAGGAAUUACAAAGCCUACAGCAGUUUGUCUGUGUACAAGCUCUGAGGAGCUACAGGGGAUUGGAACGGAAUAUUUAUUUUCAGUUCAUUUGCUAUAAUGUAGUAGACCUAUACUCCCAUAAAAUCAGUGACUCAGCAGGUCUUAGUCGAUCUAUCUGUGUAAAGGGAAUUUCUUUAUUAAAUCCAGUUCCUAAAAGCAAAAGGGUGCUCGGUUUGAACAGAAAUGGUUGGAUUUUCGACAAUGGACAUUUGCAAAGAAGAGAAACAUGCUGCAUCUGGGGUUUACAAAAAAUAUAUAUUAAAACAAUAAUGUAAUGUAAUAAUGGAGAUAAGGGACUUACCUCUAAAACAACCAAGGUUCCUCUGUCUUCAAGCAGCUAUGAUUUAACUCAACCCAGAUUAGAGAGGGGAGAGAUUUUUAUUUUAUUAUUGUUGUCACGUUACAACCCAAAUUAAAGAUGUCAUUAGUUUUAA